AUGUUUGAUACGAUAAGCAAUUUAUUUCGUGAUUUCGGAACUCAACGAAAUGUUCUCUUUACAAUAUUUGGAGUGUCAAUAAUAAGCUUUGGAUUCAUCUUGCGACCUUCACAUAAUUUCAUUAUUUUCCGAAAAGAAAAUCAAGAAGAACAGGUUCGACAUGCUGAAGAAAUAGCACAGUUUGACCAGUCACUAAUAAUUGAAGACUUGCGAAGACGUCAGGCAGAAGAAGAUGCCAGACUGCAAGGAGAGACGCCUAUUUGGCAGCUGGAUUAUAUAGAUUGGUGGGAGGAUUAUGGGCAGGAUGUUAUUGCAAGUUGGCCAAUGUAUAUCACGGCUGCAGUCGCGUAG